AGCGUUUCUUACCAUUUCCUUAUAUCACAAUGUCGGUGGCAUUUUCAUCGGCGCGCCCAAGGAGCAAAGGGGAGGUGACACAACAAACGAUACAAAAGGUAUGUCUUUCUCCAUUACGUUGUCUAAUAGGAAAUAUUUUAUUCUGGUCGAUUUGAGAGCGUGCACAGAGUCAGUCGGUGCCAAUGGUGGGAAAGUAGUCAACAUCAGCACAUAACUGGUACAGUAGAGCGAGCCAAACAAAGCGAGGUGAUCAUAGGACGCUAAUGAAAACAGAUUGACAUUCAUCAAAGGCUACUUUUUAUUGCGAUGUUACUGUUGUCCUUUACACUGCACAGUGUGGCUUUUCAUGGAAGCCUACAUAACGGCUACUACGUUAUGCGUUAGAACAACACAUGUUGUCUAAUAAUAGCCUAUAGCAUCCGAUAAAAAAAAAUCAAGUUUGUCCCGAGUCUGACUGAAUGUUUGCUUAUUCUGGUGCAUGCACUUCAUGAGAUUUUUUGUUAACUGUUAUUUGAGUGAUUUUUUUCUUCUUCUUGAAGCAACAUUUUAUCCUUUACAAAAUACACUCCAUAUGAUAGGCUAUUGUUACCAAAAAUAGCCAAAGAUGUGAGUAGACUAGUGAGAAUUAUUUAGACAGCCAGUGAUAAGAGGCAGGUACACUCGAUGAAUGGAUAGUCUGACAGUGGCGGAGAUGAUGGAAGGUGUGUGGAUCACCGGACAGUCUGAGCCUACGUGCAACAUCAUUGGACCUUUGUUUAUUCUCGAAGGAACGGGGAAGUCUCUUAUUGGUGCUUGUCAAAUUGUUGAGGGCAUAUAAUAUAUAUAUAUAUAUUUGUUUUUUACACGGUUAGAGAGCCUUCUUUGGAUCGUAGUAUCCUAUAGAGGACAGGUUCCCCUUUCUUGUUCACACUCGCUUUUUGUCACUGAUGUCAGAAUGUUGUGAUUGGUUGAAGAUAAUGGAGGCUUUUAGAGUUGCAGGAAAAAAGGAAAAACCAUGGCUCUGUCCGACUUAAACAGUCUCUUCUGCCCUAGGCUCUUUCUGGCAACGUUAAAUAUACUCCAAGAAAAACAGCUGACCCAGAUAAUUUUGUUCAGAGAGUUGGAAUGUAGGAAGGGGGGGGGGGGGGGGGGGGGGGGGUCGCAAGUCCCGAGAAUUCAGGACACUUUAUUAUAGUGUCAUAACACUGUUAUAAUAAGCUGCUUGCCUAACAUGAUUAUUUUUUUUAUCUCCCCAAGAUGUUGGAUGAAAAUCACCAUCUGAUACAAUGCAUAAUGGAUUACCAAAGCAAAGGAAAAACAGCAGAAUGCACACAGUAGGAGUCACACCUGUCCUCAUAGUGUUGUCACAGAUGCAUGUUAUGUAGGUUACUAUAGCAGAUGUGUACUUGUAUGAAGAUGUGUUUUAAGCAUGAAUAUAGUAUAUCACAGUUUAAUGAAAGUCAUUAUGUUGAAGGCUCCAAGUCUUGAUGAUCGACUUGUGAUUAGUGAUUAACCUGUCUUUCUGUGCUUUGACAGGUAUCAGCAGAUCCUUCACAGAAACCUAGUCUAUCUGGCCACGAUAGCAGAUUCUAAUCAGAACAUGCAGUCACUGUUACCUGCAGUAAGUCUGUGUGGAAUUACGCAACACAAUAGAGCCCCAUGUUGGUCUUCUUCACUCUCUCUCUCUCUUCCUUACCCGGCCUCAAUAGCUGUUCUUUCCUGUAAUACAAUUCCCAGAGCUGUAAAUUCACGUCUCUCCUCUCCUCCUGUUCUCCCAGCCUCCUACCCCUAACAUGGGGAGUAUGGGUCCUGGAGGAAUAGGGCAGAGCGGAGGCAGCGGGCCUCUACACUCCCAGAGUAACCUCAACGACACCAUGGCCCCUGGCCUGCCCCCUACCUCUAUGAUGCAGAGUCAGAUGAGCAAUGGUGAGACCUCCAUCUCCACACGCACGCACGCACGCACGCACGCACGCACACACACACACACACACACACAAUAUCCACUGUACCUGUACGUGUGUACUAUCUAACUGCUUGCCUCUCUGCCCAACUGACUGUCUGCUGCAUGUAUGUAUGUCGUCUGUCUGUCUACCUCUCCUAUGGCAGCAUAUUUGAUCUCGUCCUCUGCUCUGUCCAGACAUCAUUCUAUGGGUGCAUCUCAAUAUUUUAAAGUGGCUUCCUCUUCUGCACUGAUCACUUAAGACAGGAUACUGUAAGUGGAUGCUAACUGCACAUUAAGUAAUGGAGACGAGGAAAGAAAGCCACGUUAGACUAUUGAGAUACACCUCUUUGUAUCCAUACAGGUCUUUGUCCAUUUGUCGCUCCACUAAUUCUUCUCUCGUAGUCUCUCCUCAUAAUAUACACACCCUUGAUUCAAAACUUCAUUCUAGUCCUACACAAGCCUCCUGUGGUGUAGCGAUGAACUGAAUGUGUUGCGUUUCCGUGGCGCCUGUGACCAUGCUGGCGCUGCGUGUGCCUGAGUGGCUGGCUGCUCUGACUGCUCUGUGUGUCGUCAGGCCCCAGCCACGCUCCCAUGCAGCAGCAGGCGGGUCAGACACAGUCGGCUGGGACCUCAUCCACGUCCCUCAGCCUGCCAGCCACCACCCAUGGCUCAGCCUCCGGCUACAGCCACCCCAUGCCCCCCUCCUCCCAGGGCAGCAUGAUCCAGGGCCCUGGCCCAGGCUACGGUUCCUCCUCUUCCUCUUCUACCUCCUCCCGCAGCAACCUCAACAUGCAGUCCAACACAGGUGAGCCAGCCAGGUGCAGAGGAACCAGCGACAAGGGAUAAGCGGCAUAGCAAUACACCAUCAAAGCCAAUUAAAUGAAAUCGUUAUUGGAAACACUAUUCCUUUGGGAAUACCUAAUUGCUAAUUCCGCUAUUCUAUUUUGUUUUCUCCAGCGAGUCUUGUUGCUAAGUGCAUUGGUAACGAAUGUUGAGUCCACUCAUAGCGUAUUGUGAUUGGCAGGAAGUGAGCAGGGAGGGUGAGAGGCCAGCCCCCACUUGAGUAAAUGUCAGAGCUCUGGAAGGGAAGGGGGGGUGAUCAGGGAGGAAGGGAAGCAAAGAGGUUGAACAAUAGAGGAUGAAAUCAUAGAGCAGGGAUCAUCAACUUGAUUCAGCCGUGGGCCAAUUUUUCUUCUUGAGCGGAUGGUCGUGGGGCCGGAACAUGACCGCAAGAAGGCCAAACAGAUAUAAUAUUUUGACUAAAACAUAAUAAUUUUAAACCGUACUUAUAUUUGUAUAUGAUCACGUGUCUCGCUAUUAUGCGUGGGAAUACUUGGGAACAAAUUUCCAAAAUUAAAAUCACUUGGAGCUGAUUUCCUGGUGUUUUUACAGUCUUUUUUUGUCCCCCCAAAAAACAAUAAUAAAAAAACAACGAUAUACUGGAUACUGAACAAAAAUAUAAAUGCAACAUGUAAAGUGUUGGUCCCAUGUUUCAUGAGCUGAAAUAAAAUAUCCCAGAAGUUCUCUAAAAUGUUGUGCACAAAUUUGUUUACAUCCCUUUUAGUGAGCAUUUCUCCUUUGCCAAGAUAAUCCAUCUACUUGACAGGUGUGGCAUAUCAAGAAGCUGAUUAAACAUCAUGAUCAUUACACAGGUGCACCUUGUUCUGGGGACAAUAAAAGGCCACUCUAAAAUGUGCCGUUUUGUCACACAAUACAAUGCCACAGAUGUCUCAAGUUUUGAGAGAGUGUGCAAUUGGCAUGCUGACUGCAGGAAUGUCCAUCAGAGCUGUUGCAUGAUAAUUGAAUGUUAAUUUCUCUACCAUAAGCUGCGUCCAAUGUUGUUUUAGAGAAUUUGGCAGUACGUCCAACCGGCCUAACAACCGCAGACCACGUGUAACCACGCCAGCCCAGGACCUCCACAUCAUGCUUCUUCACCUGCGGGAUGGUCUGAGACAAGCCACCCGGACAGCUGAUUAAACUGCGAGUUUGCACAACCAAAUAAUUUAUUUACAAACUGUCAGAAACCGUCUCAGGGAAGCAGUUCUGUGUGCUCGUCAUCUACACCAGGGACCUGACUGCAGUUCAGCGUCGUAACCGACUUCAGUGGGCAAAUCCUCACCUUCGAUGGCCACUGGCAUGCUGGAGAAGUGUGCUCUUCACGGAUGAAUCCCGGUUUCAACUGUACUGGGCAGAUGGCAGCGUGUAUGGCGUUGUGUGGGCGAACAGUUUACUGAUGUCAAUGUUGUGAAUAGAGUGCCCCAUGGUGGCGGUUGGGUUAUGGUAUGGGCAGGCAUAAGCUACGGACAAAGAACACAAUUGCAUUUUAUCACAGAUAUACCGUGACGAGAUCCUGGGGCCCAAUGUCGUGCCAUUCAUCCGCCGCCAUCACCUCAUGUUUCAGCAUGCACGGCCCCAAGGAUCUGUACACAAUUCCUGGAAGCUGAACAUUUCCCAGUUCUUCCAUGGUCUGCAUACUCACCAGACAUGUCACCCAUUGAGCAUGUUUGGGAUGCUCUGGAUCAACGUGUAUGACAGCGUGUUCCAGUUACCGCCAAUAUCAAGCAACUUCGCACAGCCAUUGAAGAGGAGUGGGACAAUAUUCCACAGGCCACAAUCAACAGCCUGAUCAACUCUAUGCGAAGGAGAUGUGUCGCGCUGCAUGAGGCAAAUGGUGGUCACACCAGAUACUGACUGGUUUCCUGAUCCAUGCCCCUACUAGGUAUCUGUGAUCAACAGAUGCAUAUCUGUAUUCCCAGUCAUGAAAUCCAUAGAUUAGGGCCUAAUUAAUUUAUUUCAAUUGACCGAUUUCCUUAUAUGAACUGUAACUCAGUUAAAAUCUUUGAAAUUGUUGCAUUUAUAUUUUUGUUGAGUGUAUAAUUCAUUAUUUUUGCUCAGAAAACUUGGGGGGGCCAAAUAAAACCGCCAGUUUGCGAACCCUUUCUUAGAGUGAUACAUGUGUAUCUGAGAGUGUAGUGUGGAGGUUGGGAUUGAGGGUGUACUGUCAUUUUCCCUGUAUCAGUAGGGCCAAGAGAGGGAGGGAGAGAUAGGGAGGGAGUUCUGCUCUCCGAGGAUUCUAGAAAAUGAGGAUUGUAUUGAUUUAGACAGGAGGCAGGACACCGGUGGAUGAUUCACUGAUCCAAGGAACCCCUGAAGGUAUUCCACCUCCACAGCUUUUCAACAUCAUUCUCAAUAACCUCCCCUCUGCCCUCUCUGUUAGAAAAACUUCUCUAGUCUUUAUACACUUGAACUUCACACUCCAAAACCUGUGAAUGUCUGCAUUUUCCUGUAUGAACGACAAGAAGAACCAAACACAUUCAGUUCAUCAGACUGGUAGGCAGCCCCAUCCUCCCUCUGGAGUCUAGUAUCGUCGCUAGUCUAGCCCCAGUCACCUCCCUGCUUCAGGCUCUCCUCUCCUGACAUCUAACCCUGACAUGCAGCCCUGCAGCCCACCCACGUCUCCCUGGUUGUCCAUGUGUAUUUAUCUCUGUUUUAUGCACUGACCCCUCUCUGGCUUCUUUUCCAUUUACUCCAGAGCAUUUUAAAGCCUCUCUCUCUCCCAGAUUCUUUGAGUUUUGAAACAGACCCCCUCCCUUCCUGGCUACUCUCUGACUGUCAUGGCCCCUCCCUUUUGGCUUAAUUUUUCUCUUUUGAUUCUGCCUAUUGAUGACAAUGAUGAAGAUGUUGACAUUGUGUGUGUGUUAAUGUAUAAGAUCCCUCCCCAUAACGCCCCUUCCCCCACACCCCCUUUUAGUCUCCAUGAUGCACCAGCAGUCGGCCACACCUCAUUACCCGUCAUCCCAGACUGGGGGCGGACAGCAGCAGUACCAGGGCCAGCAGGCUGCUAUGGGCAUGUUGGGGCAGAGUGGACAAGGCAACAGCAUGAUGAGCCAGAGGCCCAUGGGGACCUACCGACCCACACAGCAAGGUAGGUGACCGUGGCUUUCUCUGUCUUUCUCCAGGCUGCUGCGGUUUGGUUAUGGGCUGCAGAUGAAUGCUAAGUCUGCAGGGAUGCAUGGGGCUCGCUGUGGUCUAAAUGUGGAGAAAAUGGCUAUAUGGUUCUGGGUGAAGAAGGUGACUAGGUUUUAGGUGGAGCUGAUUACUAGAGGAACUCCUGAAGAUAUAGCCACAGCGGAUGCAGACGACAUGGAUGUUGGCUGAAACGUGGAGAUGUUAAUGGUUAGCAGGUGUUUAGGAGGUGUGAGCCUAAAAAUCAGACUAUGAUAUUUAUGGUGGAUAUAAUCUGUCACGGAUACGCAUACGUUACCAUGGUAUCGCAGGUGUGUAGCCCAGAUGAUCUGACCCAUAGUAAUGGCCUGCCUGUGACUUUAAGAGGCAGACUGAAGAUUUAUGGCUGUUGUCACAUGGAGUCCCAGUCACUGUAAAUCACUUUACCCAUGCUGUGUCAGCAUGUGCCUAAAACUAGUCCCUCAACGUCCCCUUGUGUUUGGUGUGGGACGUGGGCUAGGCACGUACCUCACAGAGACUAAUCAGUAGCUCGUCUGUAGGAUGUCUGAGAAAAUGUCUCCAGGGCAACAGAGGUCACUUGCCCUGGGUUGUAUGUUGUGGCUUGGUCUUAUCCCAGCUUGUCCAGGUACAAUCACUAGAUAUUGUCUACAAGGAGUCUAUUGUUCCAGUGUAUAGUUCAUCACUGACAAUGGAUAUUUCUCAAUGGGAAAUUGAAUCGUUUAUUUUUUUUGCCAUGGAAGGUUAUUUGUUCACUAGCCGUUGACUGCUGUGAUAAUGGUCCUUUUUGCAUUACGUUAUAAGAUCAAUAUGUUGUAGAAUAUUUAUAUUUAGCGAGACUGUGAGUUGCUGUCUUGCAGAUACAGCGAUAUUUCUAGCAAUACUUCUGGCAACGGAAAUACAUAUAUUUGGUUUCUGAUUCAAUUGUUUGUGAAGGAAUGGCAUCUGGAGUUUCUGCACACCACCACCACAGCGUCUCCCAUAUGAUUGGCCCACUGGGAUUUCUAAAACCACUUUGUCAUUGGUCCUUUCAGAAAGUCAUAUUUCAUUUAAUUCUCAUAGGAUUCUAUAUUUUUUCAGAUCAUGGUUUGGAUAGGGCUGAACAUUCUGAAAUUAGAUUGAUUGGACUCAAAUGGAAGCCAAAAUGAUGAAUUUUCUUCCCAUGACAAACAUUACCAAUUCCCAUUUCAGAUACAGUAGGGAAUAGUAGUAGUAGUAGAAUAGUAGAAUAGAACAAAGUAACUGAAAUACCGAUUACGUAGGUUUCCACAAGAGACUUCAAUCUACUCUACUAAUAGGACCUCUUGAACUUGAGUCAUUCAACUACAAAAAAGCUUCUCAUUACGUAAUUAGCACCCAUGAGACACCACUUCUCUCUCUCUCUCUCUCUCUCUCUCUAUCUUACACACACACACACACACACACACACACACACACACAUAUACACACACACACACACACACACACACACACACACACACACACACACACACACACACACACACACACACACUCCCCUCCAACUGCCAAAGCGCCCUGGCCCAGCCCACUUUAGUCACCAACACAGAGGCCCAUUGGUCCGACCAGCUGAUUAACCAAUCCUGGUGUCGACUGUCUUGCAGGAUCUGCACCGCAGUACAUGGGACAAGACGAUUUCUACGGAGAGCAGUACGGACACACUCAGAGCUCCAGCGAGCCCAUAAACCAGCAGUAUUACCCUGAUGGUAAUCAUUUAGAGCCUUGACCCUCACACACACAACCCCUCCAAAACACACACACACCCAUACAUGCCAUACCGUCUCAGUGUUAUCCCACUGCCCUGUCUUCAAGUUAUACUGCAGUGCUGAACUCCAUAUUCCAAUCCUCUGGCUUCUUGUCUUUCCUUUCCCUUUAUGUGGGAGUUCAAUUGGAGUCUUUUGUACGGUGGAUUUUUGUGGAUGGAUUAUGAUUGUUAUGGCAAAGUGCUGAGGUUGGUCUUAGAACUGUUUCCUCCCGGUGUGUCUCUGUCAAUAGUGUUCCCCUUUGGUGUGCCGAAAUGUGAGAUUUCCCAUUUUUGAAAAUCGUUCAGGGCAGAGCUCCAACUGAUUCUAGGGUGUUUUUGUGUGCUUUGUGUCUGCAAAUGUCUGUUUGUGCUCUUGCCAUCUUAUGGGUGCACACCUAUGUAUGUAAGCUUUUUACAAACUGUGAGAGGACCAAGCUCUCUACUGUAACUGUGUGAGGAGCCACAUUGUUUUUGGUAGAUUGGUUUUGUCAUGUGCUCAUUCCUGCCCCCUCCAGGUCAUGGCGAGUACUCCUACCAACAGUCGUCCUACGGUGAACAGGGCUAUGAGAGGUCCUUUGACGAGUCCUCACAACACUACUACGAAGGAGGUAUGUUCCCAAAACACACAGACUCAUGCCUAAUAAGCAUAAAGGUUGUGUAACUUGUGAUAGUAUUGUAGCUGCUAGCUAUGUGCCACAGUAGGCCUAAUCUCGGACACCCAGAACUAAAAUCUUGCGUAAUUGCGUCAGAUGCUCGAUUACUAUUUAUGUUACAUGCAUCUGUCCACGAGAGAUUACAGUAUGAAGUUAAGCCUUGAUGUGGUUAAAUUACUACUCCCGACCCCCAGGCAACUCCCAGUACAGUCAGCAGCAGCCUCAGUACCAGCAGGGGUCAGGCCAGCAGCAGCCCUUCAGCCAACAACAGUACCCCUCACAGCAGGGCUACAGUGGACAGCCACAGGGCUACGGUAAGGAACACACACAUAGGCGCACACACACACACAUGCUUGCAUGAACGCACAGACAUACAGUGGCUUACGAAAUGAUUCACCCCCCUUGGUAUUUUUCCUAUUUUGGUGCCUUACAACCUGGAAUUAAAAUGGAAUUUUAGGGAGUUUGUAUCAUUUUGAUUUACACAACAUGCCUACCACUUUGAAGAUGCAAAAUAUUUUUGAUUGUGAAACAAACAAGAAAUAAGACAAGAAAACAGAACUUGAGCGUGCAUAACUAUUCACCGCCCCAAAGUCAAUACUUUGUAGAGCCACCUUUUGCAGCAAUUACAGCUGCAAGUCUCUUGGGGUAUGUCUUUAUAAGCUUGGCACAUCUAGCCACUGGGAUUUUUGCCCAUUCUUCAAGGCAACACUGCUCCAGCUCCUUCAAGUUGGAUGGGUUCCGCUGGUGUACAGCAAUCUUUAAGUCAUACCACAGAUUCUCAAUUGGAUUGAGGUCUGGGCUUUGACUAGGCCAUUCCAAGACAUUUAAAUGUUUCCCCUUAAACCACUCGAGUGUUGCUUUAGCAGUAUGCUUAGGGUCAUUGUCCUGCUGGAAGGUGAACCUCCGUCCCAGUCUCAAAUCUCUGGAAGACUGAAACAGGUUUCCCUCAAGAAUUUCCCUCUAUUUAGCGCCAUCCAUCAUUCCUUCAAUUCUGACCAGUUUCCCAGUCCCUGCCGAUGAGAAAUAUCCCCACAGCAUGAUGCUGCCACCACCAUGCUUCACUGUGGGGAUGGUGUUCUCAGGGUGAUGAGAGGUGUUGGGUUUGCACCAGACAUUGCAUUUUUCUUGAUGGUCAAAAAGCUCAAUUUUAGUCUCAUCUGACCAGAGUACCUUCUUCCAUAUGUUUGGGGAGUCUCCCACAUGCCUUUUGGCGAACACCAAACGUGCUUGCUUAUUAAAAGCAAUGGCUUUUUUCUGGCCAUUCCUCCGUAAAGCCCAGUUCUGUGGAGUGUACGGCUUAAAGUGGUCCUAUGGACAGAUACUCCAAUCUCCAAUGUGAAGCUUUGCAGCUCCUUCAGGGUUAUGUUUGGUCUCUUUGUUGCCUCUGAUUAAUGCCCUCCUUGCCUGGUCCAUGAGUUUUGGUGGGCGGCCCUCUCUUGGCAGGUUUGUUGUGGUGCCAUAUUCUAUCCAUUUUUAAAUAAUGGAUUUAAUGGUGCUCCGUGGGAUGUUCAAAGUUUCUGAUAUUUUUUUUAUAACCAAACCCUGAUCUGUACUUCUCCACAACUUUGUCCCUGACCUGUUUGGAGAGCUCCUUGGUCUUCAUGGUGCCGCUUGCUUGGUGGUGCCCCUUGCUUAGUGGUGUUGUAGACUCUGGGGCCUUUCAGAACAGGUGUAUACAGUGGGGGAAAAUAGUAUUUAGUCAGCCACCAAUUGUGCAAGUUCUCCCACUUAAAAAGAUGAGAGAGGCCUGUAAUUUUCAUCAUAGGUACACGUCAACUAUGACAGAAAAAAUGAGAGAAAAAAAAUCCAGAAAAUCACAUUGUAGGAUUUUUUAUGAAUUUAUUUGCAAACUAUGGUGGAAAAUAAGUAUUUGGUCAAUAACAAACGUUUCUCAAUACUUUGUUGUAUACCCUUUGUUGGCAAUGACACAGGUCAAACGUUUUCUGUAAGUCUUCACAAGGUUUUCACACACUGUUGCUGGUAUUUUGGCCCAUUCCUCCAUGCAGAUCUCCUCUAGAGCAGUGAUGUUUUGGGACUGUCGCUGGGCAACACAAACUUUCAGCUCCCUCCAAAGAUUUUCUAUGGGGUUGAGAUCUGGAGACUGGCUAAGCCACUCCAGGACCUUGAAAUGCUUCUUACGAAGCCACUCCUUCAUUGCCUGGGCGGUGUGUUUGGGAUCAUUGUCAUGCUGAAAGACCCAGCCACGUUUCAUCUUCAAUGCCCUUGCUGAUGGAAGGAGGUUUUCACUCAAAAUCUCAUGAUACAUGGCCCCAUUCAUUCUUUCCUUUACACGGAUCAGUCGUCCUGGUCCCUUUGCAGAAAAACAGCCCCAAAGCAUGAUGUUUCCACCCCCAUGCUUCAGAGUAGGUAUGGUGUUCUUUGGAUGCAACUCAGCAUUCUUUGUCCUCCAAACACGACGAGUUGAGUUUUUACCAAAAAGUUAUAUUUUGGUUUCAUCUGACCAUAUGACAUUCUCCCAAUCCUCUUCUGGAUCAUCCAAAUGCACUCUAGCAAACUUCAGACGGGCCUGGACAUGUACUGGCUUAAGCAGGGGGACACGUCUGGCACUGCAGGAUUUGAGUCCCUGGCGGCGUAGUGUGUUACUGAUGGUAGGCUUUGUUACUUUGGUCCCAGCUCUCUGCAGGUCAUUCACUAGGUUCCCCCGUGUGGUUCUGGGAUUUUUGCUCACCGUUCUUGUGAUCAUUUUGACCCCACGGGGUGAGAUCUUGCGUGGAGCCCCAGAUCGAGGGAGAUUAUCAGUGGUCUUGUAUGUCUUCCAUUUCCUAAUAAUUGCUCCCACAGUUGAUUUCUUCAAACCAAGCUGCUUACCUAUUGCAGAUUCAGUCUUCCCAGCCUGGUGCAGGUCUACAAUUUUGUUUCUGGUGUCCUUUGACAGCUCUUUGGUCUUGGCCAUAGUGGAGUUUGGAGUGUGACUGUUUGAGGUUGUGGACAGGUGUCUUUUAUACUGAUAACAAGUUCAAACAGGUGCCAUUAAUACAGGUAACGAGUGGAGGACAGAGGAGCCUCUGAAAGAAGAAGUUACAGGUCUGUGAGAGCCAGAAAUCUUGCUUGUUUGUAGGUGACCAAAUACUUAUUUUCCACCAUAAUUUGCAAAUAAAUUCAUUAAAAAUCCUACAAUGUGAUUUUCUGGAUUUUCUUUUCUCAGUUUGUCUGUCAUAGUUGACGUGUAACUAUGAUGAACAUUACAGGCCUCUCUCGUCUUUUUAAGUGGGAGAACUUGCACAAUUGGUGGCUGACUAAAUACUUUUUUUCCCCACUGUAUAUACUGAGGUCAUGUGACAGAUCAUGUGGCACUUAGAUUGCACACAGGUGGACUUUAUUUAACUAAUUAUGUGACCUCUGAAGGUAAUUGGUUGCACCAGAUCUUAUUUAGGGGCUUCAUAGCAAAGGGUGUGAAUACAUAUGCACGUACCACUUAUCCGUUAUUUAUUUUUUGUAAUUUUUUGAAACAAGUUAUUUUUUCAUUCCACUAUUUUGUGUAUGUCCAUUACAUGAAAUGCAAAUAAAAAUCCAUUUAAAUUACAGGUUGUAAUGCAAAAAAAUAGGAAAAACGCCAAGGGGAUGAAUACUUUUGCAAGGCACUGUACGUUGACAGACACACAGACAGACACACACAUGCCUAUGUUUUGCUAUGGACAUAUUGAUGUUGCUCAUUAAAUGCUGAUAGUCGGGAUGGUUGGGAAUUGAACAUUAAAUCAGUACAUUUCUUUUGAAAGAUGAUGAUUGUUUCACUGUGACAUCCGUCAGUGUGAUUCAAGACUUUGUUGAUUGACUGAUUUGGUCUCCAGGUCCAGGUCAAGGUGCAUCGUCCCAGUACCCCCAGUACCAGCAGGAUCAGGGCCAGCAGUACAGCUCCUACCGCUCCUCCCAGGCUGCCUCUGGGGCACAGACACAGAGGCCCUACGCCUACCAACAGGUACAGCUACAGCUAACCCCAACCCCACGUUUUGAGGAGGACCAUGCUGUCCAACAAAACAUUGGGUAAAUUGGGCAACUCACACCGCAAAUUACCACAGUGGCGAUGCCCAUGGGUUGCUUUGAAUCAUGAGAAAGUAUUCAUGAACAAAAGUAUUCCCCAUCUCAUGUUGACCUGAAAUGACUAAAGAUGUUUAUCUUCUACCUCCCUUUCUCUUAGGGUCAAUACGGAAACUACCAGCAGUAAGGCACCACCUCCUGGGAAAAGUGGUGGACAAGUUAGGCAAGGGAACAGUUCUGUGAAUACCCCCCAACAGUCGUGUGUAAACCAGUCUCUGAGUAAAUGAGUUAGAUUUAUCUCUGAAUCCUUUCAGUUUGCUGAGACACAGAUUAGCAGGCUAGACUAAGUCAGAUCCAUGUUCUGCUGGUUCAUUAUUUUCUAACUGAGUAGAGGUGAACUGGUUCAGGAGAUCCUGUAUGAAGCACCUCUCAUCUCUGCUUUUUCUCCUUCUCCUCACCCUCGAAGAGGAUUUGAAUUAUGGGGGUAUCUGGUAACAAAUCGGGGCACCCCCAAAAGCAUUAUUAAAUUAACGGGGGCACCCUCAUAAGUGUUGAAAAGACUCAUAUGUUUAAUUCUAACCUUGCCUCUAAAUGUCUUCCUUUCUUGGUCUCUCUCCUCUCUAUCACUCUCUCAUCCUCCUUUUCUGUCUUUGUCUUUCACAGGGUGCACAAUACAAGUGCUGUCCUCUGUCUUUAAGAUUGUAAUUUAUAAUGUGCCCAGGUCACGAAAAUAACGUUUGGUAACAUUUACUUAAGAUUGAGCUAAUAUAAUACGUUCAGCAUCUUUUAUUCAGUGUAAAGAAUAACUUGAUUAAGGUGAAAAUGGGACUUGUCAGUAUAGUUCAACCUGAAGUGUUCAGGUUGUGUUUGAAACUGUGAAGUUGUGUAGGUCGGUGUGUGGUGUUACCGACUGUUCAGUGUUACCACUCUGUCUGUGUAUGAAGAACCAAUGUUUGAGUAAGGUUAUAGACACAAUAGCUGGUAGAUUGACAAGAGUGUGCAACUAUCAACAACCAUCAUAAUAUUACAACUAAUAUAUACAAUCCAUUUCCUUGAUCAAUCCCUUUUGUUAAUUCUUUAAUUUUGUUUGAUAUCUUUUAACUAAGCCUUUUUUUUUAUUAAUCAAAAUUAUUUGUAACGUUUUAUAUGUUGGGACUUUUUCCAUGCUAUAUUUACACAGAACAAAAAUAUAAAUGC